AUGAAUCGAUACCGAAACGCUCCAGGGGUGAGAGGUCCUAGUAAAGCGACUGCCUCGACCCUGUGCCAAAAAUGCCUGAAACGAGAUAUCUAUGAGUGUAAAGUCUCCGCUCAAGAGCGGCCUUACAUGGCUCGUCCCUCGCGCACGCAACAGUUACAGAACCCGAAACUACGUCCGCAGCUUUCAACAGAAGUCCCAUCAGACCCUUCGCGCACUAAAGGUGUGGCGGAUGGCAUCCUGACAAAGAGGGAGGAAGAGCGCGGUCGAAAAAGGGAGCUCGAUGAACUCGAUCCUCGAGCGGAUCGAGACCAUGCGCCUAAGCGAACGAGGUCGACAUCUUCACAUUCAGUUAGCUCUGUGUCUACAAUAUCUACUGGUCGAUCACGCUCGGAAUCCCCACGUCGUGAACGGCCCACUGAAAGACCCAGAUCGAACAGGGCUAAUUCGCAAUCCUCUCCUCAUUCAUGGUCAAGGAAGAGACGCCAUAGUGACUCAUCUUCCGAUUACUCAGUUUCUUCGUAUUCGUCCGAGCAGAAGGCUCGAUCGCGCUCUCCCGAAUGGACAGGCGGAAGGAAUACAAGGCGGAGACGUCGAGAAUCUAGCCCCAAAGAACGGGGUCGCUCGCGGAAUGUAUCCCACCAUGAGGACCGGGGAAAUAGAAGUCGCAGUCGUGGUGUGGACAAGGGACGAAUUGCUCGAGAGAGACGGUCGAUGACGCCCGCAGAGGCCGUGGCUGAGAGUAACCACCAGAGAAGAAUUUCUCCCAGAGCCCAGCCUCGUGGUUCAUAUAAUGACCGGGGGCGGGAUGAAAGAAAUCACCCUCCUCCACCUCGGCGAGAACGGAGCCUGAGCCCCUACAGCAAGCGUCUAGCUCUAACUCAGGCCAUGAAUAUGGGGGGUUAA